UGUUAAGAAUAUAGAUAGUGUUUGUAUACAAAUAAUAUUAGACAUCAUGACCAAAAUCGUUCUGCUUUCAAAUGUUUGGCUAGGUUUGCUUAGCGAAAUAUAAGUUUAUUAUCGUCACUCGUUCCUUCAAACAGUGUUCGCCACAUCAGCGAUCACCACAUUAUAUAUUAAAGUGAAAUUGUCAUUUACGAAUAGCGAUAGUGAAAUGGCGAUUUGGUGUUUGAGUAAAACAAUAGCUUGUGGUACAGCGAUAGCAACUGCUGCUUUAAUUUAUUAUAUUACUAUAUUGCAUAAUCGAAGGGAUAAGAAGGAAAUGGACAAGGCCGAUAACAAUAAAACUUUUGAAAUUAAAAUAAUUAAUACAUCUUCACCUAAUGUACAUAAUGAGAGGCAUAGUUUUGGUAAGAAUUCAACUAGUCAAAGUAAUAUGCCAGUGUUAUCAAAAGUCAGACAAGUUGUUUCCCCUCUGUCAAAACAGAGUACGUCUAAUAAUCCAAUAAAACCGCCACGCAGCAAAAGAUUGUACCAGAUACAAUCAAAAGCUGUAGAAUAUUAUAAUUCAAUUAUGCAAAACAGUCCCAGGUAA